AUGGGUGAGAGAGAGGGAGAGAGCGUGUAAGAGUGAGAACGUGAGAGAGAGGAGAGCAAUAGAGAGGUAGAGAGAACAGGGUGCAUUAAUGGUCUGCAGUCUUUUCUCCCCAUUUUGUGCAGCUCAGCAAAUAAUUGUUCUGCCUCUAGCUCUCCUCUCCCCCCUCCUCACACUCUGUCUCUUUCCCACUCUACUCUCCCCUCUCUCCAAUUGGAUAAGCUUGAAGCUUGGAGAGAGCGAGAGAAGGAGGGAUGGAGAGAGAGAGAGACGGCGGGAAGGAGGGGGCGUGAAACACAGUCGUAUUCAUCUCACUCCUCUCUAAUUGAAGAAAGUGUUUUAGUGAAUUGAAAGACAGGAGGACGGGACGAGUGGGGCCAUGCAGGGGGGAGGGGGGAGAGAGGGGGAGAAUAGAGAGAAGAGAGGGACCCAUUAGUUAUGUAAUAUCACAUUAAAACGUUACCUCUCUCCAAUUCAACAUUGCCCUACCGGUGUGUCUGUGUGUACGUGUGUAUGUGUGUGUGCACAUGUGUGUGUUUCUUCACUAUUCCUCACGUGUCCACUACGGACCACGCACUAAUGAUAACACAAGCUUUCUCAUGCAGUGCCCCUUAUGUCAUGCUCCAUCUCAUCAGUGUAUGGUCACCUGCUGUCGCCAUAGUAACCUGCACCUGCACCUCUAUUGAAAAGGAAACACCUCCCUGCCUCACCUCCUAACCUCCCCUCAUCUGUCUCAGGUUCAUAUGCUGUUGUUGACUAGCCUAUAGAACUGGUGAAUUAGCCUGUUAAUUAGCUGUGGUUUCAGUCACUAUUGGGUGAAUGGUUUCUCUAACUAGCCUGUAGGUUUAGGUGUAUAUAUGUAUGAUGCAGUCAGUGCACACAUGAUAAGCUGUGGUCUAUUUAUAUUUCAAAGAUUUGACCCUGAUCUGUAGAUUUUGCCCUCAUGUUAAAAAAUCAAAACCAUACUCCAUCCUUUUCCACUAAAUAUUCUACCCCUCUCUCUUUCCCUCUCCACAGACUCCUCCUUCCCCCCUCCCCCUUGUGUUCUAUCUCCCUUCCUCUCCCUUUCACCCUAUGCUCAGUUCGGUGUGUGUCUCCUCUUUCAAAGGACGCAAGGGUGGGAACAAGUCGCCCAACAAAGCAUGUUACAGUGCAGACAUGACUUGUCAGUCAGACAGCGAGAAAAUCGUAAUAAACUGCGGUGGGGUGCGACACGAGACUUACCGCAGCACCCUCAAGACGUUGCCCGGUACCCGCUUAUCUUGGCUUACCGAUCCGGACGCGUUUAGCAACUUCGACUACGACCCCAAAAUCGACGAGUUCUUCUUCGACCGCCACCCCGGCACAUUCACAUUCAUCCUCAACUACUACCGCACAGGCAAGCUUCACUGUCCCAACGAUGUGUGCGGCCCACUGUUCGAGGAAGAACUCGCCUUCUGGGGCAUCGACGAGACGGACGUGGAGGCGUGCUGCUGGAUGAACUACCGUCAACACAGGGAUGCCGAAGAGGCGCUGGACAGCUUCGAGCAGCCGGAGCCAGAGGAGCCGGAAGACGACCUGGAGCUGACUGCGGACGGAGAGCUCAAGAGGCUGUGCCUGCAUGAAGACGGGCGCAAGAGGAGUUGGUGGAGUGUGUGGCAACCCUAUUUCUGGAAUCUUUUUGAGGAUCCGUAUUCUUCCAAGAAUGCCAAGGUGAGUCCUCCCUCCAACACGAUACAUAGGUUACAUGCUGUUGCGAUGCUUGUAUUGCGCGCGCUCUCUCGUUGUGACAUUUCCUCUUGAAAAAAUGUUGCCGUCCCACAAAAGUCUAUUGCUGGUGCACUGGAAUGUUAAACUGGAUUUAGAAGAGGGAGAUCACGCAUAGCCUACUGCUUAUUUAGUCUAUGUAUUGAAUAUCCCUGACGUAUUUUAUAAUGGACGUCAUGUGUACAGACUGCAGUCUAUGAAAGUUGGCUGCUAUGUCCAAAGUUAAUACGAUGAUGAGGGAGGGUGUGUUGGAAUUGUGUUCUUGUCAGAAUGAUGGUGAUGUUCGCUUUGAUAGUCAAGGAAAAUUAGUUGGAAAAACAGUGACUGUCAUAAACAUCGGUUAGGGAUUUCCAAAAAGCAGCAAACUCAGACUAGUGCUGGUGUGCCUACAAAUGAUGUUGCCGAUUGGAAAUGGACUGUUGUGGCCUAUGGUGUGUUAUUUUCUCUAAUUUUCUAAAUGAUUUAAUUUAGCACCACAGCACGCUAUUAAAGUUGUGUGGGGAGACCCUCUCCCAUGUACCUCGUUCCCUCUCACGCAGUCACUUGGUCGGUCCUCUAUCCCUAUACGCUUCUCUCCUCGUCCCUCUCUCCUUCUCCAUUUUUACGCAUUAUUUCCCCGUUACCACUGCGUCUCGAGCGUACUGCACCCCCCCCCCCCACCCACCCACCCACACACAAGCUUUCCCACGCUUGAUUAAACUGUAUUUCUUUGUGGACCUCUAGCGCCCGACUUCGUCGUUGUCAUCGAGCGCAUCAUUCAAUCUCGAUUAGCACAAUAUCUCUCCUCGCUCACUCUUGUCUUCCACACUGUCCACUCCCCAGUUGCGCAUCUCUCUCUGUCUCCUUGCCUUUCACUCUCUCCAUCCCACUUUCAACCCUCUCUUUACCUCCUCUCCAUUUAUCUCUUCACACCAAUAACCUUUUGGUUUUAACAAGCCUUCUCAUGCUGCUUCCCUCUCCAGUCUAUAGGCUACCCGCGUUUUGCGCACCCUGGCAGUGAUUUUGGCGCAUUUUAAGCAGCUAGUUUUGUAAACUAGUCUAGUGUCCACUUAUCUAACUCAAAUAAGGUUAAAACCUAAAUAAAUGAAUCGUUAAUGAAUGGAACCUUUGCCAUGUUUGUGCCCUCCACAGAAAUUACUUAAUUAACUCACCACUUUUCAUUCUAAUCUAGACCUAAACCUUUGACCAUGGUCUCCUGCUAUUUGACCAACCUACCUGUCACCAACCUACCUGUUACCAUUGCACCUGUCCUUCCCGCCAAUCAACGUCUCCAUCUCGUCUCCCACAGUCUCAAUUUAUACAAGUGAAGGGUUAUUUCAGGUUUAGUUAGUUUAGGGUUUUGUUUCCAACCAACAUUUUGAAUGAAUGCUUUGCUUGCCUCUAUAUGUUGACUGACCAAUUUUUUUACAGUUGCCUAUCAAUUGCCUAUCUCACUUUGCUUGUGGUGACAUACACUAAUGGAAAACUGUAAAUGAUACAGUAAUUGUGUGUAUUAUCAACAGUAAAAUACUUUGAAAUGUUUUACUGCAGCAUACUGUAAAUUAUGGUCAUUGUGGGAAAUUGUUGUGAGCGGGAAAAAAUUGCUGUAUUUCGAACGGUACUGUAAUUCUAAUAUUUGUUUAGGCUAUAUUUGUUGCACCCGUGAGUGAGAAUGCUGUACCGAUUUCACUUGUAUGUAGUUAUAGUGCCCCAUCAACUUAAAAUGUAUAGGGGAGUGGCAGCAAGUCUUAAACCUUAAUGGUUAAGCAUUUUGCCAUGUCCUUUUGGUCUGUUUUGCCCUUUAGUCGCUGACAGUUUGGAAGCCUUUGUUAAGGCCUCUAGAAGUGCAAGUGAUAUAAGACACAAAAUAUUCAUUAAUAUGCUGUAAUGUUUGUAAACACUUUACCUAGCAGCCAAACUGCUUGCACCAAUCCCUUGUAAUUACAGUAAAAUACUGUGAAAUACAAACUCCUAAACUAAUUUAAUUCAUUCAUUCAUUUAUUCACUCAGAUUACGGUAGCAUUACCUUUUUAAAAGUAUAAACAGUCAAUUUUACGGUAUUGUACUGUGUGUCAUUACGCAGUACUUGCUUUGAUACUGUGUACUGUAAUAUGAAAUACAGAAUUUUACUUGCCACUGAGCUGCCUGUAAGCUACUAACAAAUUCACAGUAACCCCUUUACAGUGUAGGCCUAGUCAGCCAUGUGGGUGACAUACAGUAGGCCUAUGUCACAUGUGGCCCUGUAGAUAUGAAGCCCCAGCGGUUGGUUAUUCCCCUUCUAUAAACAUUAAUCUCUUCAACAUGACAAACCAAAUAGCCCAUUAUCUUCAGUGUGGUGGCCUUUUUAUGUAAGGGACAUCAACAGGCCUGCACCUGUGACAAAUGAACAAAGACACUUCUGUAUGAGUAUUCAGUUAGGACUACGCAUCUGCGGAGAUGAGAGAGCAUUCAUAACCAGGAACUGUUGGCUGAAAUGUGUUGACUUUUGAGGAUAUGCAGGCCAGGCCAGGCCUGUAACCUUACCUGUUACAACGGCUCACUUGUGGACACCUGCACCCAAACACAAAUUAACACCUUCACGCGGGUGACACUGAAUGCAUGUGGUACCCUGGCAACAGGAUACAGUGAGGGAAAAAAGUAUUUGAUCCCCUGCUGAUUUUGUACGUUUGCCCACUGACAAAGACAUGCUCAGUCUAUAAUUUUAAUGGUAGGUUUAUUUGAACAGUGAGAGACAGAAAUGUUAUAAAUUGCGACCCAUUUUGAAUGCCCUGGCUGAGGGAAGGAGGUUCUCACCCAAGAUUUGACGGUACAUGGCCCCGUCCAUCGUCCCUUUGAUGCGGUGAAGUUGUCCUGUCCCCUUAGAAGAAAAACACCCCCAAAGCAUUAUGUUUCCACCUCCAUGUUUGACGGUGGGGAUGAUGUUCUUGGGGUCAUAGGCAGCAUUCCUCCUCCUCCAAACACGGCGAGUUGAGUUGAUGCCAAAGAGCUCCAUUUUGGUCUCAUCUGACCACAACACUUUCACCCAGUUCUCCUCUGAAUCAUUCAGAUGUUCAUUGGCAAACUUCAGACGGCCCUGUAUAUGUGCUUUCUUGAGCAGGGGGACCUUGCGGGCGCUGCAGGAUUUCAGUCCUUCACGGCGUAGUGUGUUACCAAUUGUUUUCUUGGUGACUAUGGUCCCAGCUGCCUUGAGAUCAUUGACAAGAUCCUCCCGUGUAGUUCUGGGCUGAUUCCUCACCAUUCUCAUGAUCAUUGCAACUCCACAAGGUGAGAUCUUGCAUGGAGCCCCAGGCCGAGGGAGAUUUACAGUUAUUUUGUGUUUCUUCCAUUUGCGAAUAAGCUCACCAACUGUUGUCACCUUCUCACCAAGCUGCUUGGCGGUCUUGUAGCCCAUUCCAGCCUUGUGUAGGUCUACAAUCUUGUCCCUGACAUCCUUGGAGAGCUCUUUAAUCUUGGCCAUGGUGGAGAGUUUGGAAUCUGAUUGAUUGAUUGCUUCUGUGGACAGGUGUCUUUUAUACAGGUAACAAACUGAGAUUAGGAGCACUCCCUUUAAGAGUGUGCUCCUAAUCUCAGCUCGUUACCUGUAUAAAAGACACAUGGGAGCCAGAAAUCCUUCUGAUUGAGAGGGGGUCAAAUACGUAUUUCCCUCAUUAAAAUGCAAAUCAAUUUAUAACAUUUUUGACAUGUGUUUUUAUGGAUUCUGUCUCUCACUGUUCAUAUAAACCUACCAUUAAAAUUAUAGACUGAUCAUUUCUUUGUCAGUGGGCAAACGUACAAAAUCAGCAGGGGAUCAAAUACCUUUUUCCCUCACUGUAUAUGCUAUGCUGUAUUCUGGCCCAGGCUACAGUAGGCUAUCACAGGUAAAGGUUUGACAUAGAAAUAUAAUUAGUAGAACCAAGGCGUUCUAUAGAGAACACAAAGACCUAUUUAAGGUGUAAGGUAAGGUGUCAAGAGAAGGCAACUAAGGAAUUCCGCUCUUGAUUAAAAAUGGGAUAAUCAUCAAUGGUCUGUAUAGGGCUGAUUGCUUCAGUUUAAGCCUGAGAUCUUCGUACAUGGAGUGACACUAGAAUAUUCACUGGCACACAACAGGAGUAAUUUAUAUCAAAAGUCGUCCUGCGGGCGGCUAAAACUCCUUGUCCUUCUAAACACAUGUCCUUGGUAGAAUGGACAUUCUAUCUAUGCAAUGUGGUGGGUUUUUAGAGCUGUGUAUCUGUUCUUCUAAGUCUAACUCUAUGAGAUUAACUCACCUGAUGUUGUGGCCCUCUACCUGACCUCCAAGGAUGCUGUCUUCAUGGGAACACAAUACUGCAGGCUUUUGUUUCCUGGGGGUUUGUGUUAGAGGGCGCAACGGCCUCAUAAUCAAAGUCUACGUCCUAAAAGGCACAUUAUUCCCUAUAAUAGUGCACUGCUUUUGACCAGAGUCCUAUUUGUUUGGUCAAAAGUAGUGCACUAUAGGGAAUAGGAUGCCAUUUGGGACAUGGCCAGUGUGACAGCUCCAGGUAUAGAAGUUGCCCUCAGAAGCAGAUCUAGGAUCAGUUUACUCUCCUCCAAUGCUAACCUAACCCAAUAGGAGGAGGGAAUGCAAAUCUAACCUUAGAUCAGUGUAUAGGGCCAAUGUCACCCUACCCCAGAGAGAAAUUACAGCUAGGUCUCUUCCCAGGCUUACUCAGCAGGUAGUGUUGCCAAAAUAACCCUCCUGGUUUGGGCGUUGAAUUUUCCACAUUUGGCGUUUAUCCCCUCAGACUAUAAAGUUAAGUUAUUUCAGCUGAAUUUUCGAAUGCUUGAAUGAAAUUAAUAAAUGCAAUUGAUGUAAGUAGCCUAAUGUCAAAUUACUUUUAUAAUCACUUAAAAUUAGUUUGGUUUUGUCAUUGAAGCCAGGAGAGGGAAAACACUGGAUAGACCUAUUGCUGCUCAGUACCCCUCUGCUCUAUCAUCUAAACAACUAUCGGGGGCUACUCAUAGAAGUAUGUACAUCAUUGGGGCUAGUACUACUACUUUCACAGAUGAGGGAGUUUACAGUGUGAUGUGCAUGGAGAAAAUGGCUGGUAAGCUGAAAUAACCACUCCAUGAUUGAGCUUGCAUGGUCCUGUCCUGUAGGCUACAAUGCUAUAGGCCUACUGUGGGCUGAUCCAAAACAAGCUGAUGCUUCUGAAUGGACUUUUGCUUUGCACUGCGUGGUUGAUUAGUAACAUAGUAAAAAACAGGGGUAAGGUUUCUUGCUCUAUAACCAGUGGUUUAAAGUAACUAAGUAAACAUACUUUGAAGUAUCUGUACUUUACUAUUUAUAUUUUUGACAACUUUUACUUUUACUCCCAUUACAUUCCUAAAGAAAAAAAUUAUAUUUUUACUCCCAUACAUUUUCCCUGACAUCCAAAGUACUUGUUACAUUUCGAAUGCUCAGGCAGAUCAGCAAUAUGGUCAAAUUCACACACCCAUCAAUAUAACACAUUGUCAUCCCUACUGCCUCUGAUCUGGUGGACUAACUAAACACAAAUACUGCAUUUGUAAAUGAUGUCUGAGUGUUGGAGUGUGCCCCUGGCUGUCCGUAAAUAAAAAAUAAGAAAAUCGUGCCAUCUGGUUUGCUUAUUAAUGUAAGGAAUUUGAUGUAUAGCAUUUACUUGUGCUUUUUACUUUUACUCAAGUAUGACAAUUGAGUACUCUUUCCACCACUGUACUUAAGUACAUUUAAAACCAGAUACUUUUAGACUUUUACUCAAGUAGUAUUUUACUGGAUGACUUUCACAUUUACUUGAAUCAUUUUCUAUUAAGGUAUCUUUACUUUUACUCAAUGAAAAUAUGAAAAUCAAGUGCUUUCCCCACCGCUGUUUAUAACAAAACAGAAGUAAACCAAUCACAGAUGAGCUUGUGUUGUUUGGGAUGGUCACAUUUUGAACAUCAUAUUGCAAGACAUUGUGAAGAGAAUAAAGGGGGUUAUCCCAAGUGGGACGUGACACCUGUGCCAAUAUGAUGAAUCCACUCGGUAGAGGCUGUACUAAAUGUAACUAUAGCAGGGUCGCUACCACAAUAGUCCUGUUCUCUCCUUCUCUCUCUCGCCCCUCCUCAUGCUUAGUUGUCUCUAAAGAUCCAUAUCCAUUUACUGAGACAAAGCUGUGCCGUGUCCCAGAUUAUUGUGUGUUAAGAGUAUUUUCUGUCAACUGGACACAUCAAGACAGUGUAUUGACUGGGCUGCGCCUGCAUGCCUGGUCCCUGGUUUGGCCUGUAUGAAGAGACUGCAUGCAGGGGGAAAAACAUUAAAAACCGUUCAUAGCCCUAAAUAUCUCAGAUAAACCACCCACUUGGUCCUCCUGCCAUCAUUCAGUGACUGGAUGUUGUAGAUGCUUGUGUUGCUGUCUCUUGCAGGCUUCCUUUGUAACAGAGAUGUUAACAGAGCCGGGAAUUAAUGACUGAAGAAUGAAAGCAUGGUGAAUCCUUGGUUUUAAGUGGAGUGAAAUCUAGCUGAAUGGCAUAGUUUGCUGGCCUAUAAGUUAGUGAGGGCACAAGUGACCUUGCCUGCCAGGUUCCUAAACAGAUGCAUUUGCUGUUGAUAAGAUCGCUAGCAGCAUGUCGCCUAAUAUAUUUAUUUUACUUGUAUUAUAUAAGCCUAAAUCAUAAUCAUGUUGCAGGGCAUGUUUCUCUCUUUCUGACAUGACUGGAUUUAUUCCCGCUACACAACAAAUAUUAAUCUACUAUUUAUCCAUCGCUAUUAGUAAAUAGUCUGGGAGCCUAUGACAGUAUUAGUAGGCUACAGUGAUAUUGUGCGAUAGGAGCUCGACAUAAUAACCUGUUUAAUCUCAGAGCCUAUAGCAUGUAUUUAUCAUAUAUUGAUAAACUAAAUAUUGAACAACAAUUCUUAUUUUGUGUGGGCUGUAGGCAGCAUUUACUUUUAAAUUGUUCAAUAGACAAUCAAUCUUGCAGAAUGCGCAACCAGUGUUUGGCACUUGCUAUAGGCGGCAUGCGUUUUUUGUUUGAAAAAGUCACUGCAAAAGAUUAAAACAUUCUGCCCACAACCCUACAUAAAUUGCCAUUGGCUUUAGAAACUAUCAUGGCCCAGUUCCAACAUCUCCUAAUCACACAGCAAAUGAGGGUGUUUUUGUUACCAUAAAAGGUGAAUGAAGGGCGCUUUCCAGCUGGGGUUGUAGCGCUUGUUUUUACAUUUACAUUUUAGUCAUUUAGCAGACGCUCUUAUCCAGAGCGACUUACAGUUAGUGAGUGCAUACAUUAUAUUUUUUUCAUACUGGCCCCCCGUGGGAAUCGAACCCACAACCCUGGCGUUGCAAACGCCGUGCUCUACUAACAUCCCUGCCGGCCAUUCCCUCCCCUACCCUGGACGACGCUGGGCCAAUUGUGCGCCGCCCCAUGGGUCUCCCGGUCGCGGCCGGCUACGACAGAGCCUGGAUUCGAACCAGGAUCUCUAGUGGCACAGCUAGCACUGCGAUGCACAGUGCCUUAGACCAUGAACGCACAAAUAUAGUAUGGCUCUGAUUUAUAUGUCUGUAUGCGUAUAUGUUUGAUAAAUCCCAAUAAUUUGUUGCACAUGCAAAUUGAUUGAUAAUUGAGACCCCUGACCUGUUUGUAACAUAAUACAUGCUGGGGUCCUGUACGGCUCAGUUGGUAGAGCAUGGCGCGUGCAACGCCAGGAUUGGGGUUUUAAAUCCCGGCGCCACCCAUGCGUAAAAUGUGUGCGCACAUGACUGUAAAUCGCUUUGGAUAAAAACGUCUUUAAUAUAUUAUGAAAUAAUGGAAUAUGGUGUUGCACGGAGAGGAAAAAAGGACUAUAACACAGCAUCGAUUAGGCUACAUAAUUGACAACUGAGUCCCCCCUGAUAGUGAGAAACAGCAUCUCAGUUGGUGGUGGUUUAUUCUUCGCACGGUGGGUGAAUGUCGUCAUCGCUCUGCGGUGCGGACAGUGUAUCCCUCAACUCUUUAUCAUAUAUGACAAACGACUUGUUUUAUUAUCACGGAUGCAGGGGUGUGCACUGGUUGCUUAUUAUCACCUUCUAGCCCACUCCCACCCCCCCUCCCCCCCCCCCCCCCCCCCCCCCCUCUCCCUCUCUCCUACUCUCUCUCUCGUUGUGCUAUAGCGUAGCACUGCGGUGCGGAUACUAGCUGACUGCGCGCCGAUUUCUGCUGCAGCGCAGCACACGAAGCAGCGGUGGAAAAGGAGAGAAAAAGGGAAAGAGAGAAGAGGAGAGGGGGAGGCGGAGAGAUCGGGGGCUGUUUGUGCUAGCCUUUUUAAGACUUCGAUCGAGAAUAAAAGCACUACAACUAUUUUUUUUUGCUUUGCAAGCUUGGAUGUGCGUAUCCGCUUAUUGAUUAAUCCAUAUGUCUCCGUCUGCACCAUUCACGUGGCUGUCUCCACCAAAUGGUGUUCUUUGUAAAGCGAAGCCCCCACUUUACGCAUCGAGUUGCGCUGGCUUUCCAAACCCCCCCCCCCCCCCCCCCCAAACAACACACACAGACACUGAGUGGGGGGAGGGGUGUAAUGCGGGUAGGCGAUAGCCGAGUGCCUGCUGUUAGUGGCACUACCUGUCAAGCUCUAGAAUGGCUGACUAGUCUCCUUUUUCACAUCAUGCCGGUAAAGGUUAUGUUUUUGUCAUUUCUGACCUCCUUUCGUGUACUACGCUUGCGCUGUUUGGUCAGUUUUAAUUAUUCUGCCAUAUAUUGUGUGUCUGUGUGUGUGUGUGUGCAGACGGACGGGCGCUCAAUAUCACACCUCUAGAGAAUAUCUGGGUGUCUUUUUGGACAGUAAGCUUCAGUGGAGUAAAUGUACAGACCAGAUCUACAAAAAGAGCCAACAGAGACUGUACUUUCUAAAAAAGUUGGGUUCUUUUAAUAUAGACUGUACUAUAUUGACUCUGUUUUACAAAUCCUUUAUUGAGAGUAUUUUAACUUUUUGUAUUGUUUGUUGGUUUGGCAAUGCCACUGUCAGUCAGAGAAACAUGCUGAGAAGGAUUAUUACCACAGCAAGUAAGGUACUUGGAGUCAAACAGACAGGCCUGGAUGAGAUCUUUAAGGUCAGGGCCCUCCGUAAGGCUCACAAAAUCAUUUUAGACCCAAGUCACCCCCUGUACCUGGACUUUGAAUUACUCCCCUCUGGGCGUAGGUAUAGGGCACCCCUCAGCAGGAAAAAUAGAACGAGACAAUCAUUUGUGCCAGGUGUGAUAUCCCUCUUAAAUAGCUCGGGCAAAUGUUCCCAUUGACCCCGUAAGGCCAGCAGGCUAGUCUUUGUUUUAAAUGUUUUAAAUGUUUUAUUUCUUAUUUCUUACUUUUAUUGGUGCGUGACUGUUAUUGAAAGUUGUAUUGUCAAUCUUGUUUUGUAUUUAACGCCACUUUAAAUGUGUACAUGACACUGCAACAAAAUUUCCCCAUGGGGACAAUAAAGUAAGUAAGUAAGUAAGAAUAGUUAUUGUAGCCAAGCCAUUUAGGUGUGAGGCCCACCUAGUCGAAUCGAACAUUGCCUAAGGUGCAAUGAAUUGACAAGUAAUAUAUUUCACACACAUAAUAAACCUCUCCGUCAAUCUCUGUGCACCACGUCGAUAACGUGAUGAUUUCUGUAAACCCUCUCAGUGUGUUCACAAUCUUGAAAUCCCUCGUGGCACUUUCCAGACAAAAACAGAUUUGGUGUGUGUGCAUGUAUAUGUGUGUGUGUGUGUGUGUGUGUGUGUGUGUGUGUGUGUGUGUGUGUGCGCGUGCGCACUGCAGAGAAGAGGUGUGUGAGAGGAAGGGGACUCAUGAAAUUAUGAUGACGGUAAUGCUGCAGAGCUCCGUAUAGGGGAGGGAGAAUGAGAGAGAGAGGGGGAUGAGAGUGGAGAGAGGCUGGCGGGAAGGAGGAAGAGAGAGAGAGAGUUGCGGCAGAGCAAGAAGGAAGAGGAGGAGGAGGAGGUGGCGAGGGGCCGUUGCUGCCUGGGAAUGAAAGAGGGAGGAUUUGAGAGAGGAAUGAAGGAGAGAGCAGCAAUGGAGGGACGAUCCUGGGCUUAGCAGUAUCAAAGCACCUCAGGCAAUGGACUGCUGGGGGAAACAGCCUACAUGUGCAGAAUAAAGGCGAAUGGACAGACAGGAAUACAAGACAGGACAGAACAAAGUAGAGAGAGAGAAAGAAGAGAGAGAGAUUUGCAAAGAGGGAUGUAAAGAGACAUAUAGCAAAGUUCUGCAUUUUAACCAAAUCUCUCUCUCUCUCUCACACUCACACUCACACACACACACACACACACACACACACACACACACACACACACACACACACACACACACACACACACACACACACACACACACAUUUUAACCAAAUCUCUCUCUCUCUCUCUCUCACACUCACACACACACACACACACACACACACACACACACACACACACACACACACACACACACACACACACACACACACACACACACACACACAGUCACUCACUCACUCACUCACUCACUCACUCACUCACUCACUCACUCACUCACUCACUCACUCACUCACUCACUCACUCACACACACACACACACACACACACACACACACACACACACACACACACACACACACACACACACACACACACACACACACACACACACACACACACACACACACACACACACACACACACACACACACACAGUCUGUGAAGCCAGGGUACAUUUACCAGCCAACCCAGUCAAUCUCCGGGUGGCCCUGUCUCUGACGGUUUGGACACAGUUGGCCCGUGUGUGUGUUGUAUUUAAUGAUGGAGAAGAUUCCAGUGUGUCUUUGUGGAAUAGCGGCUGCUCCGCUCUCUGCUGACUGUUCCUGUACAAAUACAGACGCAAUGACUCAGUGCCCAGAGCCUGUGUGUGUUUAUUCUCUAGGACAAGUAUGCUUUUCUCCCAUGCAGUGUGGGUGCUUUACUACAGAACAUAUGUGUGUGGAGUGGUUGAUAAAGUGUUGGAGAUAAACAAGGUGGAGGGGGAGGGAGAGAGCGAGAGAGAGAGGAAGUGAGAUAGAGAAGGAGAGCGAGGGAGAGAGGUACAAUGAGGGAGAAAAUGGUAAAAGAAUGAGUGAUAUGAGGGCACAGAGAGAGAAGAGAGACUGACAGAGGGAAAUAAGGAGGGAGGGAGAGCAGGAGAGGAGAGGAACAUUUGCAAGGACAAACAUGCAUAGUGCACUGCAGUGAUCAGGAUUGAAUACUAAGCAGAAAAAAAUGCAAUGCCUUCUCUUUAUCUGGUUUCACCUCAAUGGACAGGGUGUGUGUGUGUGUGCCUGCCAGAGAGGGAGUGUGUGUGUGGGUGUCUGUGUCUGUUUGCAUGUGUGUGUGCAAGAGUAAGGACCAGUUGAUGUGUGUGUGUGUUUGCGUGUGUGUUCUUACGUGUGUGUAUUCCUGCAUGUUUAUGGCUUCCUAUUGCACUUACUGUACUUUCCACAGUCUAAUGCACGGGAAUACAAUGUACACGAUAAGCACUCUCCAAGAUUUAGGGGUUAGUGCUUUACUUACCUGAAGCUAACAUUACCCUCUAUACUUCACUGUUCUUCAAGAGUUAGUGCUCUACCUACCUGAAGCUAACAUUACUUCACUGUUCCACUUUCCUUUCAAUAGAAUUCCUAUGGUGUUCCCAUCCCUCCAUCCUUCCAACCCUCCAUCUGUAAGAUGUCCUAUUUUCCACAAUUAUUCCCAAGGCUGCUGGGCGUUUUCUGUUCCCAGUCCCACAUGGGAGCAUCUCCCUCCUCUUUCUGUCCUUCUUUCUAUUCAUUUGUCUCUUCUUCUUCUUCUUCUUCUUCUUCUUCUUCUCUUCUUCUUCUUCUUCUUCUUCUUCUUCUUCUUCUUCUUCUUCUUCUUCUUCUUCUUCUUCUUCUUCUUCUUCCUCCUCGUCGUCCUCCUGCCUUUUCUUCUUAAACUAUCUUUCUUUCUGUCUGUCUUCAUCUCUCUAUCUGUCACCUAGACUCUCUUUCCCAGUGGAAACGCAUGUCCACUUCUAAGGGCUCUUAAUGUUCCCUCCUUAGGGAAGAUAGGAAGUAAUGUCUACUCUGGUGCUAAGAUGUCUCCACUGACUUCUCUUCAGGAAUGAAGUCCGUUUAGGACACAGGGACACGCAGACCUAACGGGAUAUGUGAGAGUUCAUUCCACUCUUUGGUAGCAUCAAUGCACACUCCUAAGGGCAUGGGGAUGUUCCCUCCCUAUGUAGGGUACACUUUAGUCCCAGGUUUGUGAGGACUGAGCAGUAGUGUCAUUACUGUUGAAUGAGCUGGUUAUAUAAAUGGCCUGGAUGCGUGGGACUGUCUCAACAUCUAUAUGUCUCAAUGGGUAUGGGCAAAAUACAGUAUAUGGAUCAGAGAGAGGGAGGGAGGGAGGGAGAAAGAGAAUGGGGGGAGAGAGAGGGGGUGGGGGAGAGAAGAGAGAGGGGGAAAGAAGAGAGAGGCAGGAGGGAGAGAGAGAGGUAGAAAAGAGAGAGGGGGAUAGAAGAGAGAGCUGGAAGAGAGAGAGAGAGUGGAAAGAGGGUUUGCUUGUCAUUAGGGAUGGUUCGAAAUUUACAGAAUGGGGACCAGGAGGGAAAUGGGGGAGGGUCAUGCUUUUUCAAUUUCAGUCAUGGGGUGGGUUUAGUAUUUUUUUAAUCUAGUCCAGGGGAGAGUCAUGUAAUUUGUAAUUGAUGCAAGUUCAAUAUUUCUCAGUGUUUUAGAAUUAGUUGCUUAUUAGGCUAUAUAUCGAUGUAUGCCUGAUGCUGCCCCUCAUCUCUGAUUCUCCACUGGGCGGCAAUGUAAAGUGUACCUAUAGGCUAUUUAGUGUGGUCUCAAUCAAAUGGGAUAGGCUAUAGAAGCACAGAGCAAAGUUAUAAUUCUAUGAAAAUUAACUUCCUUAUUUUGAGCGCUGCUAUGAUCUUGCUGAUCAAAACCUUUUUUGUGCUGCCUAACCAAUAGCUGUGCUGUGUAGCUCUACGUUGGCAGUUCAGGAAGAGAGUCAAAGGCUUCUUCCGAAAUUGUAUUUUAUUUAUAGUCCCCAAAAAUUCUAUAUCGUGGGUGCGGACUAGUUUAGUUUGAGAGGGUGAGAAGGAGGACCGGAAGUCAACUUUGAUAGCUCGCUACUACUAUAAUUGAUUUUAAUACAAACAAUAUGUUUCUUGGCCAUGAUGGAACUAUACUGAACAAAAAUAUAAACGCAACAUGCAACAAUUUCAAAGAUUUUACUGAGUUACAGUUCAUAUAAGGAAAUCAGUCAAUUGAAUUAAAUUCAUUAGGCCCUAAUCUAUGGAUUUCCCAUGACUGGGAAUACAGAUAUGCAUCUGUUGGUCACAGAAACUUUAGAAAAGGAAGUAGGGGCGUGGAUCAGAAAACCAGUCAGUAUCUGGUGUGACCACCAUUUUCCUCAUGCAGCGCGACACAUCUCCUUCGCAUAGAGUUGAUCAGGCUGUUGAUUGUGGCCUGUGGAAAUGUUGUCCCACUCCUCUUCAAUGGCUGUGUGAAGUUGCUGGAUAUUGGCGGGAACUGGAACAUGCCGUCGUACACGUCGAUCCAGAGCAUCCCAAACAUGCUCAAUGGCUGACAUGUCUGUUGAGUAUGCAGGCCAUGAAAGAACUGGGACAUUUUCAGCUUCCAGGAAUUGUGUACAGAUCCUUGUGACAUGGGGCCGUGCAUUAUCAUGCUGAAACAUGAGGUGAUGGCGGCGGAAGAAUGGUAUGACAAUGGGCCUCAGUAUCUCGUUACGGUAUCUCUGUGCAUUCAAAUUGCCAUUGAUAAAAUGCAAUUGUGUUCAUUGUCCGUAGCUUAUGCCUGUCCAUACCAUAACACCACGCCACCAUGGUGCAAUCUGUUCACAACGUUGACAUCAGCAAACCGCUCGCCCAAACAACGCCAUACAUGUGGUCUACGGUUGUGAGGCCGAUUGGACGUACUACCAAAUUCUCUAAAAUGACGUUGGAGGCGGCUUAUGGUAGAGAAAUUAUCAUUAAAUUCUCUGGCAACAGCUCUGGUGGACAUUCCUGCAGUCAGCAUGCCAAUUGCAUGCACCAUAAAAACUUGAGACAUCUGUGACAUUGUGUUGUGAGUGGCCUUUUAUUGGCCCCAGCACAAGGCUGGGGACAAUAAGGCUCACCUGUGUAAUGAUCAUGCUGUUUAAUCAGCUUCUUGAUAUGCCACAUCUGUCAGGUGGAUGGAUUAUCUUGGCAAAGGAGAAAUGCUCACUAACAUGGAUGUAAACAAAUGUGUGCACAAAAUCUGAGCUAAAUAAGCUUUUUGUGCAUAUGGAACAUUUUGGGGAUAUUUUAUUUCAGCUCAUGAAACAUGGGACAAAACACUUUAGAUGUUGCGUUUAUAUUUUUGUUUAGUGUAUUUAUCAGAGAUAUUGACCUCGCGAUAAGCCAGAAUUGAGUAACAUGCAUUGUGGUGCUGAAACAUGAAGCAGUAUCCGCGGCACAAUCAAUUGGACAGCUCAUGGUGCUGCAACAUGCAAUCUAAAUAGCCUACCUCCGUGUCAGUGAAGUUAAAACCAAGACUCGAAUUGAGGGGGUAUGAGAGUGUAUGUGUGUGCAAUAAGCCUACCCUUUGUUAAAGAAAAUGGCAAAAAACAUAGGCCCACACCUUGUUAGCUUAAAGGGAUACUUCAAGAUUUUGGCAAUAUGGCCCAUUAUCUACUUCCCCAGAGUCAGAUGAACUCGUGCAUACCAUGUUUAUGUAUCUGUGUCCAGUAUGAAGGAAGUUAAAGGUAGUUUCACCAGCCAACGCUAGCGCUAUUUAGUAACUUUCUUCAAACUGCAGGCAGAGACAUAAAAAUGGUAUCCACAAGUUCAUCUGAUUCUGGGGAAGUAGAUAAAGGGCCAUAUUCCCAAAAUCCCAAAGUAUCCCUUUAAGAUUUUGAAGAAAAUAAAACGGAUCCGAUUAUAUAAUCUAUUACAGUGCUUUGGUCCUCGAUGCUUUAUGCUAGAAACAAGCUGUAAAAAACCUGGGAAAGGCGUGACUCUGAUUGCAUAUGGGGAUAUAUUUCUUUAAUUUCUAUGACAAUCAUUGGCUGAGCUACAACCUUCUAUAGCCGAGGAGCCAAAAAAUUGACUUUGCUUGGGAAGUAAUCUAAUUCUGUCACUAUCAAUUGAUUGAGCUAUUCACUUUCUGGAUGUUUAAACCCAGCUUUUAGGGAAACACUUGUGACCUUCUCUCGUUGGGUUAAGCCAUGUAAGAAGAGUAGCCAGCAGUUAAAGCUGACAGUUUUCUGCGUCUGUAGGCCUGCUCUGUCUGAGGUGGAAAGGUAGGCCUAACUUUUGAAAGUACCCUGCUCAGAUUCAUAAUGAAGUCUCCGAUUUAUUUAUUUGCAAACAGGGACAGUUUCGUUGCAAACAAGACACACAGAUUUGGCAUUGGAGAAAUAUGAUGAGAUGAACACAUAGCCCUAUCUCUCUGUCCAUUCUUAGCCUGUCAUUUUGGUAAUUUGUGUGGUAUUCAAAAAUAUUCUGCUAAUGUCUCCAGUCAUGUAAAAUGAUGUAGAACUGCAUGAAAUGUUUAUAAAAGGCUUAUUUUUCUCAGACCUGCAAAUACGAUGAUAGAUUAAUGCAAUGCUUUUACUAUAAAGGAGAUCUUUCCACCCCUACUCUUGUCUACGGAGGUUUGCAAACCCACAGCCUUCUGGGCCGCAGCCCUGUGCUAUCAAAAUGUCUGCAUUGCCAUGUAAUGCUUACAGGAUGAAGAACCAUUUCUAAAACUGCAUAUCUAAGUCUCUGGUCCGUGAGGGUAAACGGUAGACAUGUUCUCUGCUAUCCACUUUGUUUUAAUUAUUAUUUUGGGUAUAGGGGAGGAUCACUUGUUUCUUUUCAAACGUUCAAGGAGGGGUGGUUUAGUUAAAAUAUAUUUUGCUGAAGGGAGAGCCAUCCAUUUUUAUUUCAGAGAGGCUUGAUUUAGUAGAGAUAGGUUAUACAAUUUGCCACUAAGUAAUGUUUUUAUAUAAACUCCUGUAUAUUUUUCCUGGUCCAGUCACAUGGUCAGAAGAGAUAUAUUACUGGCUAUAACUGUCCGGGCUCAGAGUUUUCCCUGGCCCUAGACUCUAAAGUUCUGGCCAUAGCCUCAUUUGAUCCAUACACCCAUCCAUCCAACCCCUCCCCCACUCUCUCUCUGGCCCAGGAUAGGGACCAGCUGCUGGGCCGCUGGGGUUCUCCAGGCCCCUGGCCCCUGUGGCGCCAACACUCUGUAGCUCUGGCCAGUUCCCACUCCCUCUGGUUUGCUGCCAGGGAUGGAGAGAGACAGAGACAGAGACAGAGACAGAGAGAGAGAGAGAGAGAGAGAGAGAGAGAGAGAGAGAGAGAGAGAGAGAGAGAGAGAGAGCGAGAGAGAGAGAGAGAAGAGUGAGGGGGGAGCAAGAGAGAAUGAGAGAAGCAUGGAAAGAGUGAAAUACAGAGAGACAGAAUGAGAGAGCGAGAGAGAGAGUGUGUGGGAGAGAUCUUUUUUAUUUAUUUAACUAGCUUUUAUUGGCACUAUUCAAAUCACACGGGAAACGGAAUGAGCAAGAAGCUGAGAGAGAGUAAAAUGGGAGAAUAAGAGAGGGAAUGAGACAGACAGAUAAAUAGAGAGAUAGAGAGAGACAGAGAGACAGAGAAAUAGAAAGAAAGCGAGAGAGAUAAAUAUAUAGUCAGAGAGAGAGAGAGAGAAAAAUAGAGAGACAGGGAGGGACAGAGAGCUGGCUGGUAUGGUGCACAGAAUGUCCUGUCCUAACCUCCUCCCUCCUCCAGAUGGCUCUGAUGCUGCUACUGAUGAUGGUGUGACUGGUCCCUGCGUCUACCGCUUCCUCUCUCUCUCUCUCUCUCUCUCUCUCUCUCUCUCUCUCUCUCUCUCUCUCUCUCUUCUUUUCUCUCUCUAUUUUAUUUUCUUUCAAUCUCUCUCUUUCUAUCUCUCUUGCUCGAUCUUACCCUGCUCUCUCUUUUGCUCUCUCUCUCUCUUUCUCUCAAUCAAAUUCAAAUUUAAAGGGCUUUAUUGGCAUGGGAAACAUAUGUUUACAUUACCAAAGCAAGUGAAAGAUAAUAAACUUCCUCCUGUUCCUUUCACACACUGAUGCUAUUCACAUUAUCCCCCCCUCUCGCUCUUUCCUCUUUCUCUCACACACUCUGGCUCUCGUUCCUCGCUCCCCCCCUCUUGCAGGGUCUUUGUAUUUAACACACCAUCUCUAUGCUUUAGUGGGAUUCUCUCUCACGUAAACACACUCAAACACACACUUCUCUGCUUGGUGUGGUGCAUUCAAACACACACACACACACACACACACACACUGACUGACUGAUUGCUGAUCAAUAGAGAAUGGCUUGAUGAUCUCAUCCACAUUAAAGUGUCAAUAAGAGAGAGGUGGCCGGAGCCUUGCUGUCAAUCAUCUCAGUACCUGCUCACCGGUCACAUCCCACACUAACACAGCCUCUCCCACCACAUAUGCCUGUACCUCACAGUAGGUGGGUCACAGUAGGUGGAAGUUACCCAGGGUCAGAUUUUCUUACAUCUCUCUUGUGGUUGGGAUUAGAGUUAGUGGUCAGAAAAUCUGAUCCUAGAUCUGUGUUUGUUUGUUAGAUUAACUUAGAAUCCAAUACUGUCCAAAAUAUAUUGUUUUAAAACUACUACUACAUGGAUAUCCCUCUACACAUACUGGACACAGAGCUGUGUUGCUUUCGUAUUAUGAUGGGCAAAAUAAAGCAGAUUAUUUCAUAGUGGUUGAAGCAGAACAGAUGAUGUCACAGGGGACUACAGCCCAACCCACAAUGCAUGGUUUACACCCCACACAUGCCUCUCUCUCUCGCUCUCGCUCUCGCUCUGUUAGUACAUAGCCCUUUGUACAGGGGCAUUAUUCGAGUUGUGACUGAUACUGCUCCCUAUGGUAUUCUCCAUUCAUGCAGCUCUAAAGACCUUUAGCGAACUCUUUCUGGCAGCGCUUCCUUUUGGUUAUGGCUGUGUUGUGUAGAAGCCCGGAGCAGCAUUUGGCAGGUGGCUGUUCUUGCCGUUCAGAGCAGUAACAGUCAUUGUAUUAGGCCAACCUCUGCCUUGUACAUAGCAUUGCACCAAUCUCUAACCACUAGCAGAGCUGGAGUGAGCACAUUUUCAUUCUCUCUCUCCUUUCCUUUUUGCCUCCUCUUCUCCGAUCCACAUCCUGCCUCUCUUCUCCUUUCAUCUCCUUCUUUCCUUUUCUUCUCCCCCUCUUCCUCUGUUUUAGAAUAGUUACUCUAAUGUUCCUUUUGUUAGCCGCUAUCAAUAUCCUCAGACACAACACACACACGCACGUUCACACAUACGCACACAUUAUGCAGGUUUGCACCGUGGCUUGGGGGUGUUUGCACUUCUAUGUACUGUAGCUACUGUACGGAUGGAUGCUCUCUGUGCUAUAGCCCUGACUAUGCCACUGCUUCUCUCUCUCUCUCAUUUCCCUCUCCUGCCUCUCCUCCCUCCCUGUUCCACCUUGGGUAUCCAUUGGUCCGUGUCAUUAUGGUGCAGUAAAGAGAGAGAGAGAGAGAUGGAGAGAGCGAGAGACGGGGGAGAGAGAGAGAGAGAGGCAAAGCGCUCAAGGCAAUAUAUUAGCGUGAAGCUAGAGUGCUCCCCCUCCUCCUCCUGUCCCUCUCCCCCUCCCUCCCUCCCUCUCAAUCUUUUAGAGAUACAAACAAGCUUGCUUAGUAGAUUAAAUGAGCAGAAAAUAUGACUUUCCCCCCAAUAAACCCUGUGUUUUCUGUUUUUGUCCUCUAUGAUCGAUGGAAUAGGAUGCUUUUAGUUGAUGGCUUUAAUCUAUUGAUUAAUAAUUAAAGACUUCUCCACCACUCUUUGUUUUUCAUCCAAAUUAUCCUAUUGAUUUUUGACGUGCUGAUUCAGUGCAGCGAUCCCGCUUACGCGCUGCUUAUGGCCCAAAGCAAUUAAAAUUUGAGUGCUAGUGGUGGUUGUAGGUCUUUCUUCUGCUUUAAUAUUUACUUGUCCCUCUGAGGUUUUGAAGGAUGGAUGUGUAGCUAACAGAAAAAAAAAAUCCUGAUUUUGCGCUGUUGGAAGGGAACCCUUGUCAUAUGACUGGUGUGAAUGUGGAAGUAUAGACCGCUUCAGUGGUGGCUGGUGGCACUUUAAAUCGCAGGAUGGGCUCAUAUAAUUUCUAGAUUCCAUGUGAUUGAUACCAUUCCAUUCAUUCCAUUCAAGCCAUUACUAUGAGCUGUCCUCCCCUCACCAGCCUCCAUUUGACCAUAUAGGCCUAUAUAGGCUUGUCACGUUCGUUGAAGGACGGGUCAGACCAAGGCGCAGCGUGAUAUGCAUACAUGUUUAUUUGGACCGAAUAAACAACGACAAAACAACAAACUAACGAAACGUGAAGUCCUAAGGUAGACACCAACAACAUACCUCACACGGAACAAGAUCCCACAACUCAAUAGUGCCCAUAGGCUGCCUAAGUAUGGUCCCCAAUCAGAGACAACGAGCGACAGCUGCCUCUGAUUGGGAACCACACAGGCCAACAUAGAAAUACACAUACUAGAAUAUAAACAUAGAAAAUCACACCCUGACUCAACAAAUAAGAGUCAGGGCGUGACAGUACCCCCCCCCCCCCCCCCCCCCCCCCCCCCCCCCCAAAGGUGCGGACUCCGACUGCACAACCUUUACUUAACAGGAUAGGGGCCGGGUGGGCAUUCCGCCUCGGAGGCGGAUCCGGCUCCGGGCGUGACAACCACCUAUUCUCCGCCUCCCUGUUGCGCCCAUGGUCUGGUCUGGACCUCGGCGCGCUGCUUCCCCUCUCCUUCCUCCCACUAUACUCCAAGCCCUGUCUGGACCCUGGUGUGGGAGACCCCGAACCUGGAGAGGGGCUGACGUCUGGGUCUGGACUGGAGCCGCUGACCGGAGCUGGACUCGGCACCGGUGGAGCGGACUGCUCUGGCUCCGGAGUGGAGCCGCUGACCGGAUCUGGACUGGACCCCGGUGGAGCGGACUGCUCUGGCUCCGGAGUGGAGCCGCUGACCGGAGCUGGAUCAGGCACCGGUGGAGCGGACUGCUCUGGCUCCGGAGUGGAACCGCUGACCGGAGCUGGACUUGACACCGGUGGAGUGGACUGCUCUGGCUCCGGAGUGGAGCAGCUGACCGGAGCUGGAUCAGGCACCGGUGGAGCGGACUGCUCUGGCUCUGGACCAGGUAUGGGGAGUUGGCUCUGCUCUAACACUAGGCUCCGCCAACCACCCUUUUAGCCCCCCCAAAUUGUUUUCUUGGGGCUGUCUCUCGGUCUUCUUCCUCGACCGGCGUCCUCUGUGUUGCCGUUGCUCCUCUCCUGCCUGGGCAUCUACCUUCGCCCAUGGCCCUUUCCCCGCAAAUAUCUCCUCCCAUGACCACCAAUUGCCCACCUGUGACAUGGCUACUCUCUCCGCCUGGGCACGCUGCUUGGUCCGUGUUUGGUGGGAUCUUCUGUCUCGUUCGUUCAUAGACGGGUCAGACCAAGGCGCAGCAUGAUAUGCAUACAUAUUUAUUUGAACCGAAUAAACAACGACAAAACAACAAACUAAACGAAACGUGAAGUCCAAGGUACACAAACAACAUACCUCACACGGAACAAGAUCCCACAACUCAUUAGAGCCCAUAGGCUGCCUAAGUAUGGUCCCUAAUCAGAGACAAUGAGCGACAGCUGCCUCUGAUUGGGAACCACACCGGCCAACAUAGAAAUACACAUACUAGAAUAUAAACAUAGAUAUACACCACAUAGAAAAUCACACCCUGACUCAACAAAUAAGAGUCCCCUGAGUCAGGGCGUGACAAGGCUACUGUAGCGUAAUGGCAGUUUUCCCUCCAAUUGAGCUGUUAUUUGCGAGCUCAGUGGAAGGUUUUGGAAGUCUGUUCAAAACCAGAGGUAAACUUCUCCCUGUCAGAAGCCUCUCUGUCAGGUAAAGGCCGAAUGCAGCCGUUUUUAUAUCAAAUCAUUUCUGGGUAACAAUUUAAGUAUCUUACUGUAAUAGAUUGCCAUAAUUUAAGAAAAAAACUAUUUCUCAAGCAAGAAUUGUGCUAGGACUGUCUGGGAGUGGUCUGAGUAGGGAGGGGAAAACUGAAAACAAGCUGUUAUUGGCAGAGAGGUUUGGAACUCUCUUUGUUAUUGGUCUAUUAACCAACUUACCACAUGGUGAUGUCACCAUGGAAAGCCGAAACUCCCGCCCAUGCAAACCUGCUGAUUAGAAGGUCUUGUGUAGAUUGUAUUUUCAAUCAGUAACUAUCAGGAAAUAACACUGAUCAAAUUUAUUCAGACUUUUACAGUGUUAGUUUCAUCAGCUGUUAUCAUGCAAUAUGAUACGAAACACAGGAAAACUGAAUUUUGUCUACACUGGGCCUUUAAAGGCCAUCAUCCUCUGUAGCUCAGCUGGUAGAGCACGGCGCUUGUAACGCCAAGGUAGUGGGUUCGAUCCCCGGGACCACCCAUACACAAAAAUGUAUGCACGCAUGACUGUAAGUCGCUUUGGAUAAAAGCGUCUGCUAAAUGGCAUAUUAUUAUUAUUAUUAUCAUACUCAAUGCUUUCUAACAAUUACAAUUCAGAAAUUCAAAUCUGCCCAGACUGCUGCUAUUAGUUCUUCAUUUGAUCCCACCCUUGAGACGCCCAUACUGGGAAGAGGCAAUCACAGCACUCUUGUCUGUUUUGAAUUGUAUGACUUUAAAUGUCUGUAAAAAUGACCAAGGGCAUUUUGAUGGUAUAUAAUAGUAGUAGUAGCAUAUAGUGGUAGUAUACACUGAGUGUACAAAACAUUAGGAACUGCUCUUUCUAUGACAUAGACUGACCAGGUGAAAGUUAUGAUACCUUAUUGAUGUCACUUGUUAAAUCCACUUCAAAUCAGUGUAGAUGAAGGGGAGGAGACUGGUUAAAGAAUGAUUUUUAAGCCUUGAGAUAGAGACAUGGAUUGUGUAUGUGUGCCAUUCAGAGGGUGAAUGGGCAAGACAAAAGUUUUAAGUGCCCUUGAACGGGUAUGUUUAGUAGGUGCCAGGCGCACCAGUUUGAGUGUGUCAAGAACUGCAACGCUGCUGGGUUUUUCACGCUCAACCGUUUCUCGUGUGUAUCAAGAAUGGUCCACCACUCAAAGGACAUCCGGCCAACUUGACACAACUGUGGGAAGCAUUGGAGUCAACAUGGGCCAGCAUCCCUGUGGAACGCUUUCAACACCUUGUAGAGUCCAUGCUCCGAAUAAUUCAGGCUGUCGUGAGGGCAAAAGGGGGUGCAACUCAAUAUUAGGAAGGUGUUCCUAAUGUUUGUACACUCGGUGUAUAGUGCUAAUAGUAUAUAGUAGUAUUGACCAGGUUUGGGUUACAGUAUAUUACAUCAUACUUAUAGCCUAAAAUGAUUCAGCAGAAUAUGAACUGUAGUGGGUCUAAUGCACAGAAUGUCAGUGUCCCCUCCCCAGUUCAAAAGGAGCUGAUGUCAUGACCGUGUCCUUACAGUGGGGUGAGGCUGACUGGAGCGUCAUGGAGGUGACCUGACUACAAAUAGCUUCUCUUAACAUUUGUAUCAGUUAUUCCCCAUGAGGUGUCAAUAAAUGCUGUGCCCUGUCUGGGCCUGGCUGUCCUCUGUCCUCUAGUCUAUGCUCUAUGUUUUAUGCUUUGGCCUCAAUUGCACACCGGCUGUUGGGUUGGGUCAAGGUGUGUGUGUUUUGUGUGUGUGCAUUAUGAUUGGUUCGAUUUUUGUCUGUUUUGUCUCUACACUCUUAGGAAAAAAAAGUGCUAUCUAGAACUUAAAAGGGUUCUUUGGCUAUCCCUAUAGGAAAACCUUUUGAAGAACCCUUGUUGGUUCCAGGUAGAACCCUUUUGGUUCCAAUUAGAACCGUUUUGGAUUCCAUUUAGAACCCUUUCCACAGAGGGUUCUACAUGGAACCCAAAAUGAUUCUACCUGGAACCAAAAAGGGUUCUCCUAUGGGGACAGGUGAAGAACCCUUUCGGAACCCUUUAUUCUAAGAGUGUACUGCGUCUCUUCACAUUACGACUUUCCGCGCUUGUGUGCAUGUGUGUGUUUGUUUUACCCUGCCUCCACUUCUUGCUCAUGAACUGUAGUUGCGUGUUAUGUUGUCUAUUCAGACAGGAGGAGGUGGUGCAGUGCAUUAGUGUUUAGCAGGCUGGGUUGUUUUAGGUAGCAACUCUAGUCACUCUCUCUCUCUCUCUCUCUCUCUCUCUCUCUCUCUGACUCAGUGCUACCACUCUGGAGAGCCCCUCCACAGCUCUGGAGCUGUCUAAGGUCUGGGAUAUGAAUAGAGCGCAGUGCUAAUGCACGACACACUGAAAAAAGGGAUGGCGAGAGAGAGAGAGAGAGAGAGAGAGAGAGAGAGAGAGAGAGAGAGAGAGAGAGAGAGAGAGAGAGAGAGAGAGAGAGAGAGAGAGAGACAUGCCUCCUAUGCACCCCACACUACAGUACCACCGUAGGAAAAUGAGAGGACUAGUCCCGCAACACACAGAUAGAGGGCAGUGUUUGUAAGUCUCUUGCUGUUUCUGUUCAAUUAUAAGAAUAACUUCUGCACACGUGUUUAGAUGUGCACAUACACACACACACACACACACAUCAGGCCCUCAUUCCUCCUCCCUCUCCACACCUCUUCUCCCUGUAUUCAGGCUCUGGGCUAGCCCAUGUGUUGUAUUGUACUGCAAUAUUUAUAUAACUGCAAUAUUAAGCCCAUGUUCUUUCUUUGUUUACAUAGAGAGCAAAGUUUUCUGCUCCUCUGUACCGCGGUGUACUGGAGUGUUAGUGACCAGUCAGCGGCUAGUCAAAACUCUUCAUUUGGGACACUUCAGCCAACUACAAUGACAUGUAGUUUUGGAGGGGUUGGGAUAAAGCAGAAGUCAAAUUUCGGUUGGAACUUGUGUACAACUGACAAAUAAAGUAAUCAUAAAGUACCAGUAUAAAUAGAUAGCUAGAUGGUCUCUAGAGCUGUUCACAUUCAGUAAGUGAUGAGUUUAGUUUAAUGGAACACCCUUCUAUAUGACAGUGCACCCUAGAUUACCAGCAUUCACAUGGUUAGGGUGCACUUAAACCCUGCGUCUCUCUUGCUACCUCUCUUGACUUUCUCUCUCUAGUCUAACCUGAUCCCUCUCUCUCGCUCUCUCGCUCUCCCUCUCUCUCUCUCUCUCUCUCUCUCUCUCUCUCUCUCUCUCUCCCUCUCUUCUCUAUCUCUCUCAUCCUCUCUCUCUCUCUCUCUCCUCUCUCUCCUAUCUCUCUCUCUCUCUCUCUCUCUCUCUAUGUCUCGCUCUCGGUUUCCCUCCCCCGUCAGUGAUGUUAGGUCAGUGCUGUGCUCUGCUGUGCUGUAUGAUCUGACUGUGAUGACUUGUGAGCGGGGCUCGUCUCCAUACAGCCUAAUUGAUGCUAAUAGUCUGUUGUGAUCUGCAGUCCCAAGCUCUCUUUCUCUCUCCCUUUACACCUCACUACCUCUUCUUCUUCUCCUCUCCUACCCUUCUCUCAUCACAACCUCCUUUCCUGCUGCCUUUCUUUUCCUUUAUCCUGUAUCUCUCUCUCGUCUAUCUUUCUCUCUCUCCCUCUUUCACUCUCUGCCUAUUUUUCUGUCUCCCCCUCUCGUUCACGCGCUCUCUCUCAGUCCUUCUCUCUUUCUUUUUCCCACUCUCUCUUUCACUAUCUCUCUUUCUCUCUCACCCCCCUUUUUUCAGUACACUGAAGUUAUUAACUGAGAGACCAUUCAUGAGAAUGUUGUUAAUAUCCACUUGUAUGUCUUCUUUUGUGCACAAGCAGACCUGUGUGUGUGUGUGUGUGUGUGUGUUUGUGUGUAUGAACUUCUUGAUCCUGAGACCACUUAGUUGCUUCCAAGUAGCCAUAAAGGCUUGUAUUUUUGUUAAAAGGCAUUUUUGAGGGGUGAACACAAGUUUGCCUAAUGGCCAGUGUGCAUGUCAGCGAACUGUUUCCAAGCGCAUGUAUUAUUCAAACUAAACAAUGGAAGGGUUAGAGAGGAUAGAGGGAGAAAUGAGAGGAGAAAGACAGAAAGAAAGAGGAGGAAAACAAGGUGGAAGCACUAAGAGAUCAAAAGGAGAGGCAGAGUUACCAUGACGAGGGACGAGAGAACAAUGAAAAGAGACAGAGGAAGAGAUGGCCGUCCUACUUUAAACAAACAACUUUGGAGCUCAUGACCUUUUCUUAUAAAUGAUUUGUGAAGCAUCUAUGGAGGCUUAUAAAGGUUUUAUGAAGUUGUUCAAUUAAAGUGCGCCAGAGAUGGCAAAACAGAAAGGAAAAUCAGUGUGAGGAAGAUAAGAGCAGAGGAAGAGAAGGAGAGGAGAGGAAGAGAAGGAUAUGAGAGGAAGAGAAGAGGAGGAGAGGAAGAGAAGAAGAGGAGAGGAAGAGAAGGAUAUGAGAGGAAGAGAAGAGGAGGAGAGGAAGAGAAGGAUAUGAGAGGAAGAGAAGAGGAGGAGAGGAAGAGAAGGAUAUGA